AAAUAAGGAAAGCAUAGAGCCAUUUGCACAAAAAUCUGAACUCUGCCAUAGGAAGAGGGACAGAAUUCCCAUCUGGGUACUCCCCAUUUUGAUCCUUGUCAUCACUCCAAUGGCAAUUUCACAAGAGGAGGAGGUGAAGCAGGCGCUUGUUCAAUUCAUGGACAAACUCUCACCAGGAGGAAAUGCACAAAGAGAUGCCAACUGGGGUUGGAACAUGACUUCAGAUCAUUGCAACUGGGCUGGAGUGACUUGUUAUCCGCGCAGUAAUUCUGUGUGGCAAAUAGGUAUUGAAAAAUCCAGUCUCAGUGGAGUUUUUGAUGCCAGUUCUGUUUGCAUGGCGAAGGAUCUGCUUAUUCUCAGCCUGAAAGACAACACAAUGCAUGUAACAAUAGGAGAAGAGAUUGGAAAAUGUAAGCAGCUGACUCACUUGUACUUAAGUGGGAACAACUUCUCUGGUAGCCUUCCUGAUUCUCUCUCGUAUUUGGGUAACUUGAAGAGGCUGGAGAUAUCUGACAAUAACUUCUCUGGUGAGCUUCCUGAUCUGCCUCGGAUUUCAGGGCUCAGAAACUUUCUAGCUCAGAUUAAUAAUCUGCGUGGAGGAAUACCCAACUUUGAUUUCUCCAACUUUGAUCAAUUCAACGUCUCCAACAACAAUUUCAGCGGUCCAAUUCCUGAUGUCCAUGGCCUUUUCACUGCAAACAGCUUUUUGGGUAAUCCUGGAUUAUGUGGACAACUUGUGUCAACUACUCCCUGCCCACCUGCUCCUCCACCAUCUAUAAUGGAACCAAAGGCAUCGUCAACUAAUGGCUUUCUUGUAUAUGCUGGCUAUAUGAUUCUUGGCAUAGUUAUAGUGCUCUUCUUUGCGGUCAAAUUAAUCCAGAAAAAGAAGAAGAGAGAAGAAAAGGUAGAUGUUCCAAUUCCAAAUAAUAGAGUGGCAGGGGAUGCAAGCAUCUACAAGCCUAGUGAAACACCCAUUGAUCAUCAGUUCAAGUUUGGUGUAAACAGGUCUGAAUAUUCAAUGACAUCUAUUGAAAGUUCAGCCAUUACAUCUACCCUUGUACUUCUCACGAGUCCAUUGGUGCCUUCUCUGCGAUUUGAGGAUUUGCUUAGAGCUCCAGCUGAAUUGCUUGGGAGAGGAAAGCAUGGAAGCCUCUACAAAGUCAUGCUCGAUAGUGGGGUGAAUUUGGCUGUAAAGAGGAUCAAGGAUUGGGAAAUUUCUGAUGAAGAUUUCCGCAGGAGGAUACAGAAGAUAGAACGAACCAGGCAUUCAAAUAUAUUGCCACCGAUUGCAUUUUAUUGCUCUAAGCAAGAGAAGCUUCUUGUCUAUGAAUAUCAGCCGAAUGGCAGCCUCUUCCAGCUUCUCCAUGGACCACAAAAUGACCAUACAUUUGACUGGGGAAGCAGACUAAUUGUUGCAGCCAGCAUUGCUGAGGCUUUGGCAUACAUGCACAAGGAGCUGCAAGAAGAUGGGAUAGCCCAUGGCAACCUAAAAUCAACAAACAUUUUGUUCGACAAAAACAUGAAUUUAUGCGUCAGCGAAUACGGUCUGAUGAUGAUGGAAAAUCAAGAAGAAUCAUUUCUUCCCCAAACCAAAGAUUUCAAAAACAAACAUUUGAGUGCAGGCCAAGCAUAUGGCACCUUCAAGCUUGAUGUCUAUGGCUUUGGUGUGAUCCUCCUGGAGCUCCUCACAGGAAAGCUUGUGCAGAACAAUGGGCUUGAUUUGGCUACAUGGGUGCAGACAGUAGUGAGAGAGGAAUGGACAGUAGAAGUGUUUGAGAAGGGCCUGCUCACAGAAGGUGCUAGUGAAGAGAGGAUGGUGAACUUGUUGCAGAUAGCCUUGAAGUGCAUAAAUCCUUCACCAAAUAAAAGGCCUACCAUGAGUCAAGUUGCAGCCAUGAUAGUUACAUUGAAAGAGGAAGAAGAGAGCUCAAUAUCUUUUAAUGCAGGCUCACACAUAUAUAUGGGAGACACACGUCCGCUGUGAGAGUACAAAAAUUCGUCUACUCAUCCCUAUAUCUAAAUACAGAGUGUCUGCCCAGAAAGAAAAGGAAAUUACAUAAGAGUGUCUAAAGCACACCAGUAUCCAUUUGUGUGGUGAACAAUUCUUUUUUUCAACAUUGAUGAUUGUAUGAAUGUACUUCAUCUUAAAUAUUAUACUACAAUACUCAUCAUCUUAUAGCAAUGCUUGCUAAUUAUACCUAUCACUA